CUAAUUUAAGUAGGAACAAAGUCAUUGAUGACUUUAUAAGAAAUACACGAGUUAAUUUUGUUACAGGUUCAAAACGUUGGAUAUUGGAGUUUGUUCCCCAUGAUCAAUUCAAAAAUAUAGAAUUUAUUGCCGAAGGAGGAUUUAGUAAAAUUUAUAAAGCUAUUUGGGUUGAUGGUCCAAUUGAUUUGUACUACACUAGUUGUAAUAAUACAAUUGUUCGUAAUAAUAAUUAUACAGUUGUUCUCAAAAAACUUAAUAAUUCUAAAAACAUUACAUCCAAGGAACUGAACGAGUUUAAGGUAUAUUAUCAGAUUUUAUCAAACGGUAAUAAUCAUAGCGUUAGUAAAUAUUUUGGAAUUACUCAAGAUCCUAUUACUAAAGAUAUGAUAAUUAUCAUGCCAUAUUAUAGUUCAGGUGAUUUGAUACAUUAUUUAAGUAAUAACUUUUAUAAUAUUAAUUGGUGGACAAAACUGAGUAGAUUAUUUUAUAUAAUAUAUGGACUUAUAGAAAUACAUAGAGCAAAAAUUAUUCACAGAGAUUUACAUAGUGGAAAUAUCUUUUUUGAUAAAAAUUUUGCGUACAUAGGUGACCUGGGAAUAAGUAGAUCUGCAACUGAAUCAAAUAAUGAUAAUGAGAAAUAUGGUAUUAUUCCUUAUAUGGCACCAGAGAUUUUUCAAGAACAAAAAUAUACUGAAGCUUCAGAUAUAUAUAGUUUUGGAAUGAUUAUGUGGGAAUUUAUGACAGGUAGAAGACCUUUUUGGGAAGAAAUUCAUGAUAUAGAACUUAUAAUUAAAAUAUGUGAUGGUUUACGACCACCAAUUGUUACAAAUGCACCUGAAGGAUAUAUUGAAUUAAUGAAGGGAUGCUGGCAUUCUGAUCCAGCAAAAAGGCCAACAGUUGAUAACAUAUUUGGGGAAAUUGAUAAAAUGUGGGUUAAUGAAAGACCUUUAAGUUGCAUGAUUCAAUCUGCAAUGUCUUUAAGGAGUUCAAGGAGUCAAUCUAUCCCUAUAAUCCAUUUUAUUAUUAUCAGAAAAAUAACUUAUUAUGAUAAAAGAAAGUUUGAAGAUGAUUCAGUUGAAGACAGUAAUGACCAAAGUAUUAAAAGAAGAAAAUUUCUUGAAUCUGAAAAUAGUG